CGACAUUGCGCGCGACAAGCGCGUAGUAAUAGCUGCCCGCGAGCCUUACAAUCAGGAAUUUGCAAGAUUUGGGCAAGUAUAAUCAUUAUAACUUUCUAUUAACACAUUCUUUCAGCAUUGGUUGGAUAGCAAGAGCCAAGAAAGUCGGUAAACCAUCACGAAAUUAAGGAACUAUUUUGAAAAUCCACAUGUUCACAAUGAUUAGCUCAUCAGCUGUGUGUUCGGUAUUCUUUAUUUUUGUUUCCUUGAUCGCCCUGUCAAAGUCUCUCAGAUCGAAGGACGUUUGGAUCAAGGACAAUGUAUUUACCGAAAAUGAAAUUCGGGACAUGAAAUCUUUGCUAAGCCAAGAUGAAACGGUGUGGAAAUUUCAGCCUAGAGAAGAUAACAACUUAGCGAUUGCUGGACGAACGAAGAAUUUGUGCUUCAAAGCUUGCUACAGUUGCUACAGUUGGUCCUCUAAUCUGACAUCUGUUACUUUUAAGAGCUCCUCUUCUUGGAGAAAAGUUUCAGACACGUUAUCUUCGCAUAUUGGAAUAAAGGGAAAAUGUAGAAUUUUGUCUUUAGAAGGAAAAAUCAACAUCAGAGCUGGGCAUACUUGUACGGAACGAGCAAGUGUAAGUGACAAAACUGUGAAGAGCUAUAUCGCUGUAAUUUUUCUUGUGCAGAAUUCGAGGCGCAACGCUUACGGUGAGCUGAUCGUGUACAACGAGGGUGAAAUAAUCAAAGCUGUAUAUCCGAAAAGAGGCAGGCUGGUGAUCUUUCCUGCCUCUCUGGAGCAUGUAAUCAAAUCUCCAGCGAUAGACAUGUCGGAGAGAUUAUAUUGUAUGAAAAUUCACUUUUUACUUUCAGAUGACCAGAGACAUUCGACGGUUAUACAGGAAACGUUACCUGGCAACACUGUAAGGAAUGAUUUUAAUCCUCUAAUGGUUUCCCCUAACUUUAAACUUUUGACCAAAACUGACACAACCCCAGAUGGAACCUUAGAUAUUCAGCAAUUUGUCACUAAGAAUUUCACCACAAACAGUGGCCUUUCCAUUGUAGUUUUGGAUGACAUUCUUCCUCUCAAAGAGCUUGAUGCUUUGAGGAAAACGGUUGAAACUAACGGUUACAGCGAUAAUGCAGCUGGCAUGGACAGCACAGAUCAGGUACAGUGGAUCAUGGCAUUUGAAAUUGAUGACUUUUUACAAACCUCACUAUGGAAUGUGGUCAGUCAGAUUGUGACAUUUGUCUCUGGGAAGAAAGGUUAUUUUCCUUAUGACAUUGGAUGUAACAAUAUUCAAGCGACAGACACAACUACAAUUCAUAUAGAUAGUGAAUUUAAUGAAAGGGAAUUCACACUCCUGAUUUAUCUCAAUGAAGACUGGACUGCAAAUCAUCAUGGCGAAACUGUCUUCUUUGAUGAUAUGGAGGGGAACGAGGUAAUAUUUGCAGUAAGGCCAAGAUAUGGGCGUGUUGCUAUUUUCCAUGGAUCAAUUCCACAUAGUGCGCGACCACCCCCACUUCUUAUGGAAGGUAUGGAAACAAAUUGAACAUAAUUACACAGGUUAUGAACUCAACUAUUGCUCCUUGGGAGUGUAUUGAAAUAAGUUUACUGAAUGCACUCUGUAGGAAAUGCAGUGGCUUAGUAGCUAGUGCACUGGACUCCAGUUGAGAGUUCAAGACUUGGCAAGGUCAAUAUGUUGUACUAUUGGGCAAAAUGCUUAAUUUUCAAAGAACUUCUUUAUACACAUGAGUUAAAUGAAUUGUCAGGGAAGCCCAACAAGUUAUUAGGUGGUUGCUCCAUGUUAAGGAGUUCUCUAGGUGCAGUUUUUGUGCUCUUAGGCAAAACACUUUACUUUCAAAGAGCCUCCUCACACCCAGGAGUAUGGAUUGUCAGGGAAGUCUAACAAGUUAGUAGCUGGUUGCUUCAUGCUUAGGAAACCAAAAUGAACUCUGUGUCUCUUGGCUCAAGAACCUUACCUGAACACACUUAGGCAGCAUAGUUAUUACUCAACUUUUUUCAUAUCAAGAGUUGCUAAGUGCCAAAAUUUAGAAGAUGUCAUUGAUUAUGGACAUCACUGUCUUAGUAUUACUAUUACCACCAGCUUCACUUACUUGGUGUGUUAGCCACAAGGUCACAAGUUUUUCCUUUACUAGAGAAGGCACAAUAAAUUGAAAAAGGAAGUACUAUCUUGAUUUAUUGUACUUUCUUUGAACUACUAAGGGCAACUGGUGAACUUCAUGUAUGUAAAGAAUUUUUGACCUGGAAAGGGACAGAAUUAAUGUUUCCUUUUCUCAUGCAAGGGAAGGGGUUGGGGAAGGUGCAGAAGUUUAUGUUCAGAAAUGUUUCUUUUUUGUAAUCACCUUAACCUGUUCCAUGUUCUCAGUGAGUGGAGACAAUUGAAGGAGUGGGUUAGAUAUUUGCAGAUGGCUGCUCCUAUGAACCUGGUGGUCAGCCUUUACUUUUCAGUGAAACCUGUUAAAUUCCUUUUUUUUUAAAGUUGAUGUAGUCAUGGCUGACAUUCCUUGAAUUUAUUUUUUAUUUUUUAUAAUUUGGUAGGUGCAAGGUUUAGUUUUGCAGUCAAAUUAGCAGCAUCUGAAGAGACUGCAAGAAAAAAGGCUGAUUUGUUGGAUAUAGAUGUGCUCUAUGAAGCUUUAGAAGUUUUGCAAGGAGAAGAAGUAGACAAAUUGGAAGCAAUAAUCCAUGAUAUUGAGGAUGGGAAAAUGGAUAGACAAACAAAAGAAACCAUAAUUAGACAGUAUGAAACACAUUACGAAUUGCAUAAAAAGCAGCUGAUUAAAUAGUGUCCGAGAGUUAAUGGCUUAAAAUUGUUCAGAAAAAUAUAGGUGUAACAUAUUUUUAUGUAAAUGAUAUUUCCUAAUGUCCAGCAAUUAAGUGUGUUACUUGAAACUGCAGCUGUCGAUGAGGCUUGAAUUUACAUUUGAAACACUGAGUAAUUUUAAAUGUCACUCUCCCCAAAACAGAAAACAAGGUUGUUUAGUGUUAACAACUGAGUUGAAAACGUAAAUUGGCCACUGUUAAGAGUUAAAAGGCUGACGUUUCGAGCGUUAGCCUUUCGUCAGAGGGAUUGGUGGAUUUGUGGGUUGUGUGUGGGUUUC